AUGCCUUCAUCGGCCUUGCACCAACGAUCAAAGGCGGCAGAGUACUUGGAAGGCUACCUCAACAAGACACUCCACGUUCAGAUCGCGGAUGGCCGCACGUUUGUUGGACAGCUCAAAUGUACUGACAAUGAAUGCAACCUCAUCCUGGCAAUGACCCACGAGUACCGACAGCCUUCUGAGGCAGCCGUGAAGCUGGCCGCUGACCGCCAUGAGGCGUCUAGGGAGGAAGGAAACGUCAAAGUAGACAUGAAGAAACGCUUCGUAGGGCUCGUUGUGGUGCCUGGCCAAUACAUCAGCAAGAUGGAGGUUGAAGACUGA